AUGUCCGCCAUGCUAACCCGGGCUGCCGCGAGCAUUGGGCUGCAGUGUACGCCACUGCCCCCUUCCCAACGCUCGCGGUUGGAUACUUGGUUCCUGGAGUCGGAGCGCGGUGCCAAGCCACGCCCACCCCCGGUGCCAUUUUUCCCGGAGGUGCAUGCGGAGCUGUGCAAGACUUGGAGCGCCCCACUCACGGCUCGCUCCACUCAAACCAGCUCCGGCUCCCUCACUUCCCUCGAUGGCGGGGCAGCCAAGGGCUAUGUCGAGAUCCCCCAGGUGGAGCGUGCGGUUGCGGUGCAACUGUGCCGGCAGACGGCUGCCACCUGGAGGAAUCGACCUCGCCUUCCGUCCAAGGCCUGGUGGGCUGUUUGGCGACACCGUCAAGAACUUCGUACAGCAGUUUUCGGCGGUGAAGGAGCAGACGGAGGCUAUAAGCCAUAUUCUACCGCGCCGCGACUCGGUCGCCUACAGGCCUCCGAGUUCUCACGCGAUGUCUGCACCCCAACAGCCCAGGGCCCCUUCGACAUCUGCUCCGGUUCCUAUGCACCCCCAGGCUGCAUCCCGGAAGAGGAAGUCGAAAGGGAGACCUCCACCCCGUCAGCAGCUUUCCAGGAAGAAGAAACACUGACGGGAAGAAACCCGGGGGAAACAACAUCAGGCCCGACCCUCACAGCUCCAUCUUUGACCGGUCGCCAAUCGCACACUCCACUGGACUGUGCCUGGCAAAACCGACCUCACGCCCUGGCGAGGCGUAAGGUCGUACACACGACAGCUGUUACCACUCUCAAAUCGACAGUGCGUACAGCUGUCCCGCCAGGCAGAGAUGAAGAGGAGGGGAGAGGUGUGAUGAGAAGAGGGGUUCAGGUCAUGGAUAUCAACCCCUGUGGGGAGGAAUAUAACAUAAAUUCAGAACGGAGCAAACCUAAAGGCCAGAGAAUCGUUGCACAUGUACCUUCACAUCCAUCUCAGAGCAAAGCAGACCACAGAUUUCCUAAACUGAACGUUGCAUUAUUUGGAAACUCUGCUGCUGUCAAGUAUGGAUGUCACAACAUUCUGCUUGGACAAAAACAUCAAGCCUGGGUUUCAAAAGAAAUACCAGAACAUCAAGUGUCAGUAAUCAACAUGAUUGGCUUACAUGAGACUUUACAGAACCCUAAUCAUAUUAUUGGUCAGAUAUUGAAAGAAAAUGGAAUCCAUGUCUUCAUCUUUGUUGUGCGACUGGGUCAGCUGACUAAUACUGUGAUGGGCAUUGAAUGGCUACAGAGAACGUUUGGUUACAAAGUUUUCUCAUUUGCAAUGAUUCUUCUCACCUAUGAGAGAGAGGACGAGUGUCACAAUAUCCCAUAUAUGCACCCUGUACUGGAGAAAUGUGGAGGAAGACAUCACACCUGCAGCAUUAUCAUGAACAACCAAUCACAGAUGAAAGAAUUGAUGGACAAGAUUAAACAACUGUUCAUUGACAACAACAAACAGUGCUAUACUGCAAAGAUGUAUAACGCAGUUUUAACAGAGCUGCAGAACAACACAUUUCUAAGUGGCCUGAAAAAAAGCAUUAGGCACACAGCAUCGCAGCCUUUGAGGAACUUUGCCCAACCUGAGAAAGGGAACCGACCAAAACUGUCUGCAAAGGAACUGAUGGGCAGACUUCAUUUGGAAGGCAAAUAUCAAAACCUGGAAACACAAGAUUUUCUUCAGCUAAGUGAACAUUCACAGUCUCAAAAGUUCUACGCAGAGGACAAAUUUGCUCAUACAUUUGUACAAAAGUUACUUUUAAUGGACUACAGAGCAAGGUGCAUCAAAAUUAAAGAGAAUAUUGAACAGAAUACAACACAACAAAAAUGCAAUGGUUUGUCUGAACGUCGGAGAGAUGCUUAUAAUGAUAUUUUCAAUGAACCUGAUAAACCUGCUGAUGAAUCUAACAUAUUAGACCCCAUUCACUUAAUGGAUGCUCAGAUGGCUGUGUUUCAUUGUGCUGAUGGAUUCCUAAAGCAGCUCAUAGUCACUAAACUCUCACAGUGUCAGUUUGCUCUUCCUCUGCUUGUACCAAGUCCAUUCAAACAACAUAUUGAAUUUCCUCUCUGGACAUUUAGACAAAUCAAAAAGAGCUGGAAGACAACUGAUAAUAAAGGUCAAACCAUAAGCAAAGCCCAACAAGUCUACAAAGCAGAAACACCAAUGGUGGCUUUCUUCAGGUUUGGCUCUGUGCCCUCAUCCAAGUCGCAGUUGAUAAACAGUUUGAUCAAUGAGAAACACAACACGUUCUUCCACAGAAGCUGUCCAGGCAGCAGCAGAACCAGAAUACUGAUGGACGGGGUGGUGGAGAUCGCCUGGUACUGUCCAUCUGGAGAGAAAACAGAUACAUUUCCUCAAUGUGUUGCGUUCUGCAAUCUUCAUGGUGAUGCAGGAGACUAUGAGAAACAGCUGGAUAUCAUAACACAAAUGUCUUCUGUAAAUGUUGUUAUUUUACCUCAAAUGAAAGAGAAUAACAACAGUAUGACAAGGAUCCAAAGCUUAUACAAGGAAUCAAAGCCACUCAUUUGCCUUCUUACUGAGAAUACUUUAUCAUUAACAGAAAUCUGCCAAGGAAAAUUCAAAAUGGGUUUGAGAAACAGAAAUCAAUCGACUGUCUUUGAAGAACUUAAAACUGCUGUUAAUAAUGGACUCUCAUCCUCAGAAUCAUCUUCCCUCUUCAAGCUUGAAGAUGUGGCAAAGAAGUUACACAUCACAGUAGAUGAGAAGACUGAUGAAGACUGUAGGAGAGGAAAAGAUGCAGCGCAGCAAAUGAUGCGUUUGCUGGAGAGUAAAGAUCUUACAGAAAUCAAAGAAUCAUUUCUGCCGUGUCAGGGAAAAUUGUGGCAUCAGUGGUGCCAGAAGAAUAAAGAACUACACAAGCCAACAUUGAGUGAAUUAAAUAAGAGUAUCAACAUUGAAAAAAAUAGAAGUGAUAAGAAAGCUGAAAUGCAGAAAAUCCGCGAACAGCAGCAAACAUGUGAUCUAAGCCAAUUUAUUCAAACCUUUAUCAAAGAACUGAAUUCACUUAAAGAAAAAGAGAAAAGAUAUUUUCUUAAGUGGCUUGGGAUUCUAAUGGAUGACUACACCACUGAAAGUAUUUCAAAACAUGAUAGAUCUCAUCAACUGACAGCUGAACAAAAACUUGAGAGAAUAUCUGAGAAUCUACAAGCGGCGCCCUUUGGUUUGGAGCACAUACUGAGAGAGGUCGGUCAGAUAUAUGAAUCAUGUUCAUCAGUGAAGAACAAGAAGAAAAACCUGAUGAUUGACUUCAGAACUCUUCCUGGUCUUGCAGCAAAGAUGAUGAUGUCUGGAUUUCCACUGGAGCUGAUGGAUGGAGAUGCUGCUCAUGUUCCUAUGAUCUGGGUUACUGCUGUUUUAGAUGAACUCAUCAAGAAACUGGGAGACAAAAGAGUCUUUGUGCUGUCAGUUUUAGGGAUUCAGAGCUCUGGGAAAUCCACCAUGUUGAACGCCAUGUUUGGUCUGCAGUUUGCUGUCAGUGCCGGCCGGUGCACCAGAGGAGCUUUCAUGCAGCUGGUCAAAGUGUCAGAUGAAAUGAAAAUGAAAGAACAGCUAAAGUUUGACUUUAUUCUGGUUGUUGAUACUGAGGGUCUUCGUGCUAUAGAAUUUGAUGGGACAUCAACAAGAAAUCAUGAUAAUGAAUUGGCCACAUUUGUUGUUGGUCUUGGAAAUAUGACAUUAAUCAACAUCUUUGGAGAAAACACAGCUGAGAUGCAGGACACUCUCCAGAUUGUUGUUCAGGCCUUUUUGAGAAUGAAGAAGGUCAGACUGAAUCCCAGUUGUAUGUUUGUACAUCAGAAUGUUUCAGAUGUCAUGGCUGGAGAAAAAAACAUGGAAGGAAGGAGACGACUUCAGGAAAAACUGGAUAAGAUGACAAGACUUGCUGCUAAAGAGGAAAACUCUGAUACAGAAAUGUUCAGUGAUGUCAUUGCAUUUGAUGUACACAAUGAUGUGAAAUAUUUUUCACAGCUCUGGGAGGGAAGCCCACCUAUGGCUCCACCAAACCCAAACUACAGCAGAAACAUUCAAGAGUUGAAAGACACCAUUCUCUCCAAAUGUUCAAGAUCAAGAGGCAUCACACUGUCACAGUUCAAAAUGCGUAUUGAUGAUCUUUGGACUGCACUGCUGAAUGAAAACUUUGUUUUCAGCUUCAAAAACACACUAGAAAUUUCUAUUUAUAGAAGACUGGAAACUAAAUAUAGCGACUGGACCUGGAGUCUCAGGAGUGCCAUGUUGAGUACUGAAGAAAAAUUCUACAAUAGAAUCGCGAAUGGUAACACUGAGGUUCAUAAUAAUGACCUGAUAGCAGAAAUUAAAACACAUAAAGAUGAAGUAGAAAAAUCAAUGAAGUCUUAUUUUGAUGAAGACAAAGACAAAGACAUUCUGUCUCAAUGGCGAGGAAGAUUUGAAACUCAAAUUAAAGUUCUUCAUGAUGACCUGGUGAAGGAAACAAAAAGAAAGUUGGAUAAAGAGAUUGAUCAGAAGAAAGCAAGAGAGAAACUAGACAAAAAAAGGAUAGAGUUUGAAAAUAUGCUUUUCACUCAGAGCAAGGAACUUGCUUUGAGUCUGAAAAGUAAUGGAACUGACAAACCUGUCCAUGUUCUGGAGCAGAAAUUUGACCAAAUGUGGAGUAAAUGGGUCAAUGAGAUGUCAGAAGAUACUCCUGACCUGGAAGAUUUCAAUUUUUGGGAGGAUUUCAUAAAGAUUUUAGCGGAAAACUUUGGAUUGACUUCUGUUAAUGAGCGACUAAAUCUGACAGACUUUAAACAGAUGGUCAUCAAGGGGGAUUAUGAUGACUACAUUAUAAUUCAGAAGCAACUGGAGAAAUUUGAUGAUACUGUGUCUAUAGAGAAAACUAUGGAAACCCCGGAGAAAAGCAAGAGCAGACUGCAAAUGAUUUGUGAGGUGAUUGAGGAAAGUCAGAAAAUAUUGGAGAAAUCACCAGUCAAAAGACAGGACUACAAUGACAGUUACAUUCAAGCAAUAGUAGACUGUGUUAGAAAGUCUGUAGAGAAACAUCAAUCAGAGAACCAAACAUACAAACUUAAAAGAGAGUUUAUCAUAGAUCUCUCUCUCUAUGUGUGUGACAUUGCAAAAAAGAAAUUUUCUGAGCACCACAAGAAAUUCAGGGAAUCAAAUGAUCCAAAAAAUUAUCUUGAGAAGCAGAAAACUCAAUAUUACAGUGUCUUCAAGAACUACUGCAGUGGACCAAAAUCCACAAUCAUACUGAUCGAUUUCAUAUGCAGCAAACUUGAACCGUCCAUCCUAGAAGAAGUUUACAACAAAACUGCUAUUCAUUUGGCAGCACAGAUGAGGUCUGACAUACAAGCAUUACGAUACAACAGAUCAAAUCUGGAGAAACAUAUCUUGAAAUCCCUCGCAGAGCAAGAUGAUUUUAAACAGUACAUACAAUACAUCCAUCAACCCAAAGAACACUUCAAACAAUUCAUAACAUCUGAAGUGAGCAAAUACUUCACUGAGCAAAGUGAAAUUAUUCUAAACAUUUUCAAAGGAAAUCUACAACAGAAAGAGCAGAUUGUGAGUAAUGCUGUUCAUACAGUGACAGAGGAGGUCAAAAACAAGGGAGGAGAUGGAAACAUGUGGUUCAGAAGUUUCAUCAAAACAUCCACAGAUGAUUUGAAAUUCACAGGAGAGGCAUGUAUUGAUCUCACAGAAAUUACAGAUUUAGAUUUUCUUGGAAAUCAUUUGAGUGAAAGUCUGAAUGAAAUGAUGACAAAGCUACGAAACAGUUUUUCAAGCAUUCAUGACAUUAAAAUGGAAAAGUGCAGGAAGAAACCAGAUGAGAUUUUGAUCGAUCACUUCUGUCAGUGCUGUUGGGUUCAGUGUCCCUUCUGUAAAGCCAUCUGCACCAACACAAUGGAAGAUCAUUCUGGAGAUCACAGCGUUCCUUUCCAUCGUAGCACUGGACUGAAUGGUUGGUUUUACAGAAGAACAACAAACUUGUCUCUUUGUAUUUGUACAACAGCAGUAACAAGUGAUCAAUCAUUUCAUCCAAAUUCGUCUGAAAGUAAAGUCCUCUGGAAAGAAUAUAGAAAAGGAGGUCCUAAAUUUGCUAACUGGAGCAUCACUCCAGACCUCUCAGAGCUGCCGUACUGGAAGUGGUUUGUGUGCAGGUUCCAGAAAGACCUGGAAAAGUACUACAAUAAAACAUUCCAGGGUAAUGGUGAGAUUCCACAUGAAUGGAGACAGUACACAAAAGAGGAUGCUAUUGAGAGUUUGGAUAAAUACCUCUAAUGGAGAAAUAAAAGCGUUUUGUGAUAAAUCAUAAAAACCGACUUCAUUUGGAUUACUUGAUCAGGACAAAGAGAGCUGUAGUAGGACAAAUCAUUGUAAAUGCAAUGGAAAAUGUAUAUUGAAUUAAUCUCAGACAAAAUAUCCAUAGGCCAUACAAAUAAUUUGAAAUUGUAAUCAUUCUUGGUAUACAUCUAUUUCAACAAGUGACAAAUAAAUGUUUCACACCAGAAAAAGUGAGUAAAACUGAAUUCGAGCUUAGUACAGAUGCAUGAUUUUAAACAGAUGCUCAAGUCAAAGACAUCACAGGACCAAAUCAUUUAAAGUACUAUUAAAUCUUCAAAUUUAAUAAGGGUGUAUUUCUCUGACUGUAGUUAAAUGAGUAGUAAACCUUCUGAAUGAAAAUGCUGUCUUCAUUUACACACCCAUAAUUUUAAACCUCUAUGAACUUAUUUUUUGCCGCAUAACACAAAAUAAGAUAUUUUGUAAAAUGUUG